CAAUGGCUUUCUUUUCCCUUGUGCUUCACCUUGGGUUCUGUACCGGCUUCUCAUUGAUCCAUCAAUGAGAGAGAGAGCGAGAGAGCGAGGGAGAGAGAGGUAUAGAAUGCGGCGUUCUAUUUUGUUUAGUUGCUUCUCACGCAGACGCCCAUUAUUUCGUCGCAGUUUAGAAAAUGGAACGGUGGAAAGAGUAUCUUUUACGCGCGUGCCUCCGAAAUAAAGAUUUUCGAUGAGCGAAAUUGUAUUUGCCGGCUUCUCAAUCUUUGUCGCAAAUGUUGUUCUUAUGGCUCUCCUGCGAAACGAAAUUGACCACUCCCGUCUUGUCUGGCGAAACAUUUCUAGCGCAUCCAUGAAGAAUUCUGUAAAUAGAUAAAAAUGUCGGGGGUAAUUUGCAGUGAUCGGUAAUGAUAAUUUUGAUUUUUGACUCGCCACCUAACCUCCUCAAGUUUGCAGCUCGUCUCUUAGACUGUCUUUCUUAACAUAAUUUAUCUUUUGUUUUUGGUUUUUCGGUUUUUAUUUUUAUUUUUAUUUUUCUUGGGUGUGGGUGUUUGUGCAAACCUCUUAUCUCUGACGUCUUAGUAGCUUAGACUUUGAUGUUAAUUAGGUAACCCCAGUCUUGGAUCUUGUAGCUCGUGGAGGACGGCCGAGAGCCCGAAUACAGCCAGAACCUGCCUUUACACUUGCGCUCUAACGGUGUAGAAGCAUCACUGCAUUUAAUGCAGAUGCUGUACUACCCUGCGCCUUCAAUGGCCGGGCAUCAAUUGCUGUACCUGCCUAAUGGUACACAGGAUGUGGCCUUAGUCGUUCAAAUUUUCUGUCGGGGUCUGAAUUGAUUUCUGACCUCAUCUUUACCCGUUGUCCUGCGUAUCAACUGUUUCAAUAUCUGCGGGUCCCGCUGUAGCUCAGAACAUUGUCCAAUGGGUUAUGAGUUCACAGCUUUUUUCACGGGCAAGACCAAUGAAUUCACUUAGCCUAUUCCAACUUGUCCAGAAGAGUAUUCUAGACGUAUGCCGCUGUUUAUCUACAACAUUGUUGCAUGUUUAGAAUUAUUCCAGUUGCCGAAAGUCAACGUAGCUCGUGUGGUUGUGGCUGCUUCCUGGGUCAACUCUCCCAUCGCUUGAAUAUUCUUGUCGCGAAUGCACAGUUUGUAACGGUCAGUGACAUGCUGAAGAGACUCUCACGCUUCAUUUCGUUGAUGUUGACAAAAUGGGCUGUCGAACGUCUUUAAGAAAGCAAGGACGGUAACGCCAGAUGUUUACUCGUCGCCUCGAUAUUGUCACCGAUCGUCUCUUCAUAGAGAAUCAAGCACAUGUCCAUCUUGGGGAGACAGGCAAAGUGGUGGUCGUGACGGGUGGCGCAAGUGGUAUAGGGGAGGCGACAGCUCGCCUGUUCGCCAAGAAUGGCGCCUACGUUGUCAUUGCGGACAUCAACACUGAGGGAGGAAGCCAGCUCUCAUCAGAGCUCGGCUCGCAGGCCCAAUUCGUACACUGUGACGUCAGAAAAGAGAGAGAUGUCGCCUCUUUGGUGGACGAAGCCGUGAGGUGGAAGGGGAAGCUCGACGUCUACUUCAGCAAUGCGGGGUUCGUUGGCGCUUUGGGCUCGAUUGAUGAGCUGAACUUAGACGACUUCGACGAGACCCUGGCGGUCAAUUUGCGAGGCGCAGUUGUGGGCAUCAAACACGCCACCAGGGUGAUGAAGCCCGUCAAGAGUGGCGCCAUUGUUUGCACGGGCAGCACUGCGAGCCAAAUGGGCGGAUUGGGUCCUCACACGUACUGUGUUAGCAAGACGGCGCUGAAGGGUUUGGUCAGAUCCACAGCUCUGGAACUUCGAAGUUACGGUAUUCGAGUGAACAUGGUCUCUCCUGACGCCACUGCCACGCCCAUGUUCCAGCGCGUGAUGGAAGACUCUACCGGUGAACCUUACACUCUGGAGCAAAUUAAGGAAAGAAUGGCGAAGAAAGCUCUGUUGCCGAAUCGGCCAUUGACAAGCCUUGAUGUGGCCAACGCCGUCUUGUUUCUGUGCAGUGAUGAAGCGGGGUACAUUAGUGGCCAUAAUCUUCUCCUCGAUGCGGCCAGGACUGUGGGUUUGCCUAUACCGCCUGGUUUCAGUCACUGGUUUGAGGGAUACUCUCCAAUACUGAAGUGAUCCAUUUUGUCAACUCUUGAUGAAAAAUGAUUCCAUACAGAUAGCCUGCAAAUGGAGAUGCUUGCUGGGCGAGAUGUGGAAGAUUUCUAUUGAUCAAGCUGGUGGAAGUUCGAGGUUCAGACGAUUUUUUCCUGGUUUUCGUAAGCAUAGUGGUUGGAUCAUUAGACGCUAAUGUAGUAGCAAGUCAUUCGGAGCUACUAUAAACUUGGACGUUUUUUAUUCAAUUCUUGUGAAUUCUCAUCUACGAUACCACGUUUGAAUUCCGUGCACUAGUUUCUAUGAUCAAACAAGCAACUUUGUCUCAGUUCUAAAAAAAAGGGAAUAAAAAGGGAAUAUUGUCCAUAGUUAACUCCCUCAA